UGUCUCCAGCUUGGUAUACGAUGCGGAGGUGGCUAAUUGUGAAGAACGCUUACGAAGUGCUGUCGGGAUGCGGUCCGGACAGCCGUCAUGCUCUCAUGCUCUCGCCUACACCUGGGAAAACAGCUUCACGAUCCAUCUCUUGUAUAGACAGCAUAGCUGCUGCGUGCCAUGACAAUGAAGAUAUAAAAGGCACGCCUUUCCCAUGGUUUCAAUCGCCAUCAUCACCUCAAUCAGCAUCUUCAUUCAGCUUCAAUCGUCUUCCAUCUGCUGGCAAUCAUGACCGGUGACUCUUUCUCCAUCUACAAAGCAGCUCUCCUGCUGUCCAUUCUGGCUACCAGCAAUGCGCAGCAGGUCGGCACUUCCCAAACCGAAACGCACCCCAGCCUGACCUGGCAAACUUGCUCCGGUAGUGGCAGCUGUACCACGACCAGCGGCAGCGUUGUUGUCGACGCCAAUUGGCGCUGGGUGCACGAGGUCGGCGGCUACACCAACUGCUACAGCGGCAACACUUGGGACGCCUCGAUCUGCUCCACUGAUACCGACUGCGCCUCCAAGUGUGCUCUCGAGGGUGCGAGCUAUCAAAGCACCUAUGGUGUCACCACCAGCGGCUCGUCGCUUCGUCUCAACUUCGUCACCACGGCGUCGCAGAAGAACAUCGGUUCUCGUCUCUACCUCCUCGCGGAUGACAGCCACUACCAGACUUUCAAGCUUCUCAAUCGGGAGUUCACUUUCGAUGUCGAUGUCUCGAACCUCCCCUGUGGAUUGAACGGCGCCCUUUACUUCGUCUCCAUGGACGCUGAUGGUGGCGUUUCCCGCUUCCCGACCAACAAGGCUGGUGCCAAAUACGGCACAGGAUACUGUGACUCUCAAUGCCCUCGGGAUCUCAAGUUCAUUGACGGCCAAGCCAAUGUCGAAGGCUGGCAGCCAUCUUCGACCGACUCCAAUUCCGGAGUGGGUAACCACGGCUCCUGCUGCCCUGAGAUGGACAUCUGGGAGGCCAACAGCGUCUCCAGCGCCUUUACGGCCCACCCCUGUGAUUCGAUCGAGCAGACCAUGUGCACGGGCGAUUCUUGCGGUGGCACCUACAGUGACACUAGCAACCGAUACGCUGGUACUUGCGAUCCUGAUGGAUGCGACUUCAACCCUUACCGUCUGGGCAACACCAACUUCUAUGGCCCCGGAAAGACCGUCGAUACCAGCAAGACCUUCACGGUCGUGACGCAGUUCAUCACCAACGACGGUACCGACACCGGUACCCUCACCGAGAUCCGCCGUCUCUACGUGCAGAAUGGCGUCGUGAUCGGUAACGGCCCCUCGACGUACCCCACUGCGAGCGGCAACUCGAUCACCGAGAGCUUCUGCAAGGCCGAGAAGACCUUGUUCGGCGACACCGACGUCUUCGACACCCACGGUGGAUUGUCCGGCAUGGGCUCCGCUCUGGGCGACGGCAUGGUUCUGGUCUUGAGUCUGUGGGACGACCACGCCGCUGACAUGCUCUGGCUGGACAGCAACUACCCGACCAGCAGCUCUGCCUCCUCUCCUGGUGUCGCCCGUGGUACCUGCCCCACUGACACCGGCAAUGCCACCUAUGUGGAGGCCAACUACCCGAACGCGUAUGUCACCUACUCCAACAUCAAGUUCGGUACCCUCAACUCGACCUUCUCCGGCUCGACCUCCGGCGGCUCCGGCACCACCUUGACCACCAAGGCUUCCACCAGCACCACCAGCACCAAGACCUCGACUGGCUCUUCCAGCACUUCCACGAGCGUCGCUCAGAAGUACGGACAGUGCGGUGGCCGUACCUGGACCGGCGCGACCACCUGUGUCAGUGGAUCUACUUGCACCGUUGUGAACGAAUUCUACUCCCAGUGCUUGUAGAAGGGUGGGGAGUGCCUGUUGAUGAGGUUGGUCAUGGAGGAGUGAUGAGGAGUGAUGCACUGCAGAAAGGAUGAUGGCAAUCUGUCACUUCCCGCAGGAUGAUUUGAAGCUUAGGACUAGUCUAGUAAAUGCAAGACUGAUUUUCAUUAUCGGAUCCGCACGUAAAAAGAGUAAAUGAUGACUAUCGUAAGAG